AUGAAAAGUAAAGUAAAACUGAUAACUUUUGAUGCUACAAAUACUUUACUAAAAUUAUGUGUAUCACCAUGGAAAUUCUAUGCAAAUGUAGCAGAAAAAUAUGGCUAUCAAAUACAUGAAGAUGAAAUUAAGAAACAGUUCCUAUACACUUAUGAAAUGUUGACGAAAAGGCACCCUAAUUUUGGAAAAGAAUCUAUAUUGUGGGAAAAUUGGUGGAGAGAAAUUGUUCAAGGAACUUUUGCAGAGAAGAUAAAGGAUAAUGAGCAUAUUAAAUGUAUUGGUAAUAAACUUAUACAAGACUAUAAGUCACCAAAAUGCUGGUGUCCUGCAGAUGGUGCCAUUGAAAUUUUAGAACAUGUAAAGUCACAAUGUUGUGAUAUAGGGAUUGUGUCUAAUUUUGACCCACGUCUUCAUGAGAUAUUACAGAAUUUGAAUUUGAGUUCAUAUUUCAAGUUUAUUCUGACCUCAUACGAAAUUGGUUAUAGCAAACCUGAUAUAAAAAUUUUUGAAUCAGCUAUUGAACAUAGUAAAUUAAAUCUAUUUACAGUUGAAUGCUUACAUAUUGGAGAUGAUUACAAGAAAGAUUAUCUUGGGGCUAAAAAAGCUGGAUGGCAAGCUAUCCUUGUUACAAACAACAUUAGUGGCCUAGGUGAUAUAAACCCGUUGCACUAUUUCAAAAAUUUACAUGAAUUGAAAACGGCAAUAGAAUUUCAGAACAAAUUUAGUUAA